UUCCUACCUGAACCAUUUUCAAACCACCCCUUGGCAGCCAGAACAGGAACGGUGAUGGUUCCGAAUCGCCGGUGGUACCUUGCAGCGAUGAGCACAGCACGCACCACCUUUGUUCCAUACCCUAUCACGCUGUUGCUGCUUUACACCCUAUUCUGCAUCCUAACUAUUCAUUGCUUUGGUGGUGGAAAAGAGUCCCUUAACCUCAGCGGUACCAACGAGAGCAUGGCCAGCAGCAGACAUGCCCGGUCUGUGAGCGACCUGCCGCAGCCCCGUGACUGCAUGCUGUCCGCGUGGUCCUCAUGGAGCCAGUGUGACCCCUGCCAAAAGAAAAGGUACAGAUUCGCCCGCCUGGAACAACCUUCUCAGUUCAAUGGAGAUCCCUGUGAUUACACUGAUAAAGAAACUGAAGACUGUGUUACAAAUAAUCCUUGCAGGAAUAAAGUCAGAUGUGAUGGGUUUGUGUGUGCAGUUACAGGGAGAUGCAUUCCACGGAGGCUGCUUUGCAAUGGGGAUGAUGACUGUGGGGACCAGUCAGAUGAAAAGAACUGCAAAAAAGUGUUUAAGAAAUGCGACCGGAAGAUGGAGCAAUAUUGGGGAAUAGAGAAUCUGGCCAAAGGAUUAAAUGUCUUCACAAACAACUUGGAAGGAUUAGUUCUUGAUCACAGGUACUAUGCUGGGGGAUGUUCUCCCCAUUAUAUCAUGGACACAAGAUUCAGAAAGCCGUACAAUGUAGAAAGCUACACACCAGAGACCAAAGGCAAAUAUGAAUUUACAAUGACUGAAUACGACUCCUACUCAGAUUAUGAAAGCAGUGUCCUGAAGGCAAAAGCUUCACAAUCUAGCUUCAGCUUUGGUAUAAGAAUACCGCAAGUGUUUGAACUUGGUUACAAUUCAAAUGACAACAGGUUCAAGAAGUUCAUUCAAAGGAUGAAAAGGUUUUCUUCAACUUCCAGCAAAUUCAUUCAUGCCCGUUCUGAGCUGGCUGUUGCUGCUUACAAGCUGAAGCCCCGAGCCCUGAUGCUGCAUUACGAGUUCCUGCAGAGACUCCAUCAGCUCCCAUCAGAGUACAGCUACGGGGAGUACCGAGAGCUCUACAGAGACUAUGGCACCCAUUACAUCACGGAGGCCACUGUCGGUGGCAUCUACGAAUACACUUUAGUCAUGAACAGCAGUGAGCUCCAAAAGGCAGGUUUUUCUCUGAGUGAUGUCCAGAAAUGUGCACAGCGUGGCUUUAACAUUGGUGCAAAUAUUUACAGCGUCUAUCUGAGUCUUGGAAUAACUGAUGCUGGCUGUAAAUCCCUUCUAAAAGAGAUUGGAGACAGCACCUCCAAAAAACAGUAUGUGGAAGACUUCAUCAUCCUCAUUCGUGGUGGAGCAAGUGAACACAUUACCACACUGGCUUACAAAGACCUGCCGACGGCUGUGCUCCUGCAGGAGUGGGGAGAUGCUGUACAGUACAACCCUGAAAUCAUAAAGCUAAAGGCAGAGCCGCUGUAUCAGCUGGUGACUCCAACUGACUUGGCCAAUGCAAUCACCAUAAAAGAAAACCUGCGACGGGCUCUUGAUGAGUUUCAGAUGGAGACGAGUUCUUGUCGCUGUGCUCCCUGCCACAGCAAUGGCAUCCCCUUUCUGCAAGGAACUGAGUGUGAAUGCUUGUGUCCCCUUGGCUACAGUGGCACUGCCUGUGAGAUCAACGAGAGGAAAGAUGCUGCCAUUAAUGGAAACUGGGGUUGCUGGGCCAGCUGGUCUCCAUGCUCAGGAGGUCAACGAACAAGGAGACGACAGUGCAACAACCCUGCCCCACAGAAUGGUGGUUCAUCGUGCUCAGGGCCUGAUGCUGAGACACUUACUUGCUAGAGGGAAUCAUUAGGAACUUACACAGAACUGAUGAGCAGUUUGCAAAUGGAGUGGGAGAAUGUCAUCCGACUGGCUUGUUAAAUUGGCCUCAAUCUGCUUCUGAGUCUCACCCAAGUGCAUUGAAGUUGGAGACACUUCAGAAGAUGUUGGGAACUGGAUGUGUGUUAUAGAUCACACCUUCAGACAUGCUUUGCAGUUGUCUCAUGGGACUGAAUGUGCUUACUCUUCUUAAGUUUUACUUUUCUCUGUUUUUAUUGCAGUGGGCUGAGACAAGCUUUAUCUCCUGCCUUCUUUGGUAGCUGCAUGAUUUUAAAUUUCACUUGUCUUGUUUGUGAAGGUUCCUUUGAGAUAAGGAAAGACUCUUUGAUCUUACGUGCACCAGAAUGCGCACUAAUAUGCAGCUUCUGUGAAGGCAGCUGUGUGAUGUGGAGCAAAAUACAGCCUAUUAAAGUCUAAAUCUCAACCA